CGCUAUACGUUGGUCUCUAUAUCCAACAAUAUUUUAUUCUAAAUGAACAAGUCAAUUUUGUCGAUUUGUCUGGUCGUGCUGGCCUUGUAUAUCGAUUCCUCGAUAUCUAAGGAUGCCGGCCAAGAAACAGUUUCCAAGCACGGUAAACUGUCCGUGAAAGGAGCCAACAUAGUGAACCAGAAUGGCGAGAUAGUUCAGUUGAAAGGCAUGUGUUUGUACUGGAGCAUAUGGAAGCCACAGUACUGGAACGAAGAAACAGUCCAAGGCAUUCACGACUCGUGUCACUCCAACGUCAUCCGAGCAUCCAUGGGCGUCGAGACAAACGAUGGCGGUUACUUAACUGACCCAGACGGUCAGAUGAAGUUAGUGGAAACCGUCAUCGAGGCAGCAAUUAAACAUGACCUCUACAUCAUCGUGGACUGGCACGAAGAAAAGGCAGACACUCACCAAGCACAAGCUGUAGACUUCUUUGACAAAAUCUCUAAGAAAUAUGGAAGCUACCCAAACCUCAUGUACGAAACUUUCAACGAACCAACUACUCAGUCCUGGUCCAGCGUGCUUAAACCGUAUCAUGAAGCCGUUAUCAAAGCCAUCCGUGCCAAUGACCCAGACAACAUCAUCAUUUGCGGUACUGGCCAAUGGUCACAGAGAGUCGACGAAGCCGCCGAUGAUCCUAUCACGGGCUACAGCAAUAUCAUGUACACUUUGCACUUCUACGCUGGCACCCACAAGCAAUGGCUCCGUGACCUCACUCAAGGCGCUAUCGACAAAGGUCUUCCCAUUUUCGUUACAGAAUAUGGCACUGAUAAUGUAGAUGUGGUCAAUUGGGUGGAUCCCGAAGAAUCCCAGCUUUGGUGGGACUUCUGUGAUAAAAAUAACCUGUCCUAUACUAACUGGGCCAUAUGCGACGUAGCCGAGGCAUCUGCUGCUUUGAUAGCAGACACACCCACCAAUAAAGUAUGCCAACAAGAUUACCUGACGGAAUCGGGCUUGCUCGUUGUCGCCCAGAAUAAGAAAUGAAAUGGAUAUGACUGUAUACGCUAUGUAUAACGUUUAAUAUAUGUUUUGAGUAUAUUCUUUA